AUGGCUCAAAAUAAGCACACCUUUGCUUGUCUUGUGCUCGUUUUGAUUUUCUGCCAAGAAAUUCAAAGUAUCGAGGGAAGACAUUUAAAGUUAGAGAGACAAAAUGAAUUCCCAAAGCUUCAGAUAUACAACAAAAUCCUCGAAGAAGUAACAAGGGAGCUUGCUAAGCAAAAAAGUAAUUUGCAUGGUGACGAGAACACCACUGUUACAGCUGCAAACGAUAAUGUGUCUCCCCCUACAGCUCCGAGUUUGCCAGUUGGGGAAUCCCCAUCUCCACCCCCAAAACGUGCAGAUGACUUCAGGCCUACAGCUCCAGGUCACAGCCCCGGUGUUGGGCAUGCCAUUCAAAAUUAG